AUGUCUUCCCAGCUCGGGGCGGCAGGUCAAUUACUCGAGUGGAUCAAGCAAGGAAGAGGUUGGAUACAUCCUUCUUUGUAUCUAAAACUCGAUCCUUACACGGGGCUUUCUAUCUAUACUUCCACGCCCCUUUCGCCAGAUGAGAGAAUACUAUCAUGUCCCUUAUCUCUAACUAUCACUCCAACUCUUGCUACUCGAGCCAUUUGUGCGGAAUACGACAUCGUGGAAAGUGAAUUGAUCAUGAGGGAUGGUACUCCGUGGAGCGAGAAAAUACUUUUGGCCGUUUAUUUGGUUCUACAUUGGAUAAAACCGUAUUCUCCCAAUCUACAUCAUCAAAUCUACGUCGACGCUUUACCUCCUCCUGAAACUCUUACAAGUCCAUUGCAUUUCUCCGACGCAGAGUUGGAUCUGUUGGAAGGAACCAAUCUUCUCGGUGCGGUGAGAGAUAGGAAGAAUGAAUUGAUGGAGGAAGCUGAGAUUGUGAGAGAAGCUUUGAAAGAGCCAGGGACGACAUGGGAACGUUAUCGUGAUGCUUCAUUUUACGUAUCUUCGAGAGCUUUCCCCUCUAGUCUACUUCAAAUUCAGAAUGGCACAGAGUCAGAUAUGAUUCUUCCGGGGGAAAUCUCACAUCCUAUUCUCGUACCUGGAUUAGACUUGUUGAAUCACGCUCGAGGUCAAGCAGUAACAUGGUUAACUCAUUCCGUCCCUUCCCCCGACUUACCUAUUCAAUCUAUCAACUCCCUUAUUCCAUGUAUAUCGUUCAUCCCUCACACACCCAUGCCCGCCCACACUCAAAUAUAUAACAACUACGGUCCUAAAUCCAACGAAGAAUUUCUAUACGCAUACGGUUUCGUCCUCCCUGAUGGACCAGACGAUACUGUGAUCCUAGCUCUCGGAGGGAUGUUCAAGGGGAAUGGGAAAAGAUAUGUGAUAAAAAGGGAUGGAAAAUUGCCAGAGGGGCUAAUAAGGGAUAUCAUGGGGAUUUUAAGUGAGGAAGAGGAGGGCGGACAGAAAGAACUUGAUAUCGAUACGAAGAUAAAUGAAGAAGUGCAAAAUGAUCAAGAAGAUGAAAUUGAAUUACGUCUUUACGUAUUGGAAACUAUCAAGAAUAUGUUAAGUGUUAAACUUGAUAAAUUAUCCUCGAGGUCAAAGAAAGAAAAUGAAAUCGGUAGUUCGAUAAGGAUGAAAGUUAGUGAUAUGUGUGAUGAAUAUCGGUCGGGUCAGAAAAAGGUAUUGGAAUUGACGAUUCAAAGAUUGGAAGAAGAUAUGGAGUUGUUGGAAAAAAGAAUGGAGUUUACAUUUUAA